UGGGUUAUAUAAACUUAUCAUCCCAAAGGUUUUUCUAGCUGUAGAUCGAGCUCUCGAAACUCUUUUAAAUAGCCCCAUUAUUAAUACUUCUCUUUACUAAUAAUUAAGUAUAAUUAAGAAAUAUUUGUUAUGGAAGGAAGCUAUGCCAAUAUUCCAACAAGUUUGCAGACUUCAUCGACCACUGCUACCUGUAGUAGAAAUCUAAUCACCGUUCUCAGCAUUGAUGGGGGUGGAAUCAGAGGUCUUAUCCCUGGAAUCAGUCUUGGUUUCUUAGAAAAAGAAUUACAGAAACUGGAAAAAAAUGAGGAUGCAAGACUUGCAGAUUAUUUUGAUGUGAUUACUGGAACAAGCACAGGUGGUCUUGUUACUGCCAUGUUAACUGCCCCUAAUGAAAACAACCGUCCUCUCUUUGCUGCUAAAGAUAUUAAGGAAUUCUAUCUCAACGAGUGUCCUAAAAUCUUCCCACAAAAUAGUUGUCCAGUAUUCCCGAGGUUUAAGAAGUUGAUCAAAGCUUUAGUAGGACCCAAAUACGAUGGUAAGCAUCUACGUAAACUCGUGAAAGAAAAGCUUCGUGACACAAAGUUGAGCCAGACUUUGACCAAUGUUGUUAUUCCAACCUUUGACAUCAAAGAACUCCAGCCAACUAUAUUUUCCAGCUACGAGGUUAAGAAUAAUCCAUCCUCAGAUCUCGAUGUCUUUCUCUCAGACAUUUGCAUUGCAACUUCAGCUGCUCCAACUUAUCUUCCAGCCCAUUACUUCGAAACAAAGGAUUCUAAUGGCCAAGUUAUUAGAAAAUUUCACCAUAUUGAUGGUGGUGUUGCUGCAAAUAAUCCGACUCUAGUGGCAAUUGGUGAAGUGUCGAAGGAGAUAAUACGUGGGAGUGAGGCUUUCUUUCCAAUGAAUCCAUUGGACUAUGCUCGAUUUCUGGUGAUAUCUUUAGGAACUGGCUCUGCAAAAGCUGAAAUGAAAUAUAGUGCCCCAGAUGCUGCUAAGUGGGGUUUUCUUGGUUGGUUAAACAAUGGCUGUUCUACCCCAAUUAUUGAUGUGUUUUCUCAUGCAAGUGUUGAUAUGGUCGAUCUUCAUCUCUCUGUGGUUUUCAAAGCCUUGAAUUCAGAGGAGCACUAUCUUCGAAUUCAGGAUGAUACUCUGAAUGAUGACGUAUCAUCAGUUGAUAUAGCAACGAAGAAGAAUUUGGAAGAUCUUGUCAAAGUUGGGGACGAAUUAUUGGAAAAACCAGUUUCUAGGGUUAAUUUAGAGACAGGCCGCUAUGAGAUUUGUAAGCAGGUCCAUGAGACUAAUAAAGAGGCUCUUAAAAGGUUUGCUAAACUACUUUGGGAUGAGAAGCAAUUUCGCAAUGCAAUAAGGUCUGCUAAUAAAGUCAUUACCCUCUAGCAGCUAUGAUUCUUUUCAAGAAGAUUUAUUACUGUUCAUUUUCAUUUACCAUAUAACUUUUUUUAAUCCUUAUUUUGUACGAAAUAAAUCCCCAAAAGGGUGAUAUUUAUACACUUAUAUACAGUUUGGUCGGUGUUCUCUUCAAAAAAAUAAAUAAAAAAAUACAGUUUGGUGUUAUCAAUAAA